UUAGGGGUGGGGGCGGAGGGAGUGAGUUUUUAAACAAUUCCAACAGAAGUGGAAGAAAAAAAUGUUAAAAGAAGAACGAACAGCCCUUAACACUCUUCACAUGUCUUAGCAAGUCUUGACUAGAAGUUACCGUACCAACUUUCUGACUGACCGGCAACUAUUUUGUUGCUCAUUGCAUACAUGCCCAGCUGACGAUAGAAAGCACAACCGUUUUAACAGUGAGUGCGACGAAAAUGGCAGAUCAGCUUGGCCGUGACAUUCCGACGGACGGAUUGAUUGACACGUUAUACAAGAAAAUAAACUUCUGGAGCACUGAUCCGUCUGACAAACUCGAGACAGGGCCACCAAUGAACCCCGCCUCGACAUGCGGUUAUACCACGAGAUCCGCCUGUGCCGGAGGCCGGUGUGGUCGCGUUGCCACCCCACGUCCCCAAAACGUCAAGAAACCACUGUGUGGGUUCACAGGGGAUAAUGCGAAAUCCUACGGAAGCUGCCGACCCUGCUCUAGGGCGGGGACAUGCAGCGACAACGUUAGUUCUGGGAACUUUGUGCCGCCCACGUCAUGCCCUCGUGAGGCACCUGCUUCCUCUGCCCGAUACUGCAGUAGAUCCAUCCUUCCCCCACGUUCGUGUGAAAACUCGGGCUCGAAGGACUCAUCUUCUUGGAAAAGCAACGCCUCGACCAACGCGUCUAUGGCAAUUUCUAGGAAUACAACCUCUAGAUGCAAUAGAAAUCCGAACGAUACAGGGAAAAGCAGCCAGUGCUCUCUAAGCGCUUGUCAAGCUGCUAGAGCGAAGCACAAAGAAGGUUCGGUACCUCGAGGCCAGAAUUUCAAAGACAAUGGAACACGACCCGCGAGUACAGAUCAUAGAGAAAUACGACUGGGGAAAACAGUCCUCGUUUCUACUCCUGCAGAUCGACAUGACUUGAGGGCGGGAGAACAUCACUUCUGGGGCGUUGUUAUGUACGUUACUGAUGACAAUCAGUUCAAAAUCGGCACCAGGAAAGGUACAAUAGGAAGACUUUUGGAGUCUUCUGAGCUUCGACCAGCUGCAAGUGAAAAGCUGAGUGUGAAAGAUGUCCCAAACAAAACAAUUACGUUCCGGGAAGCCUGUUCAAUGUCUUUCUAAGACACAUACGAUCUGAAAAUUACCAAAUCUGUUUCAGUUUCCAUUGCACAAAAUUUUUAUAUUGUGGGAUUCCAUAUGAUUUUGUUAGUGUUACCUUGUUAAUAAACAUUUUUGUUUAACUUUAUGCUUAUAGUAAAAUACAAUGUUACACUCUUCUCUUUUAUGAGAUAUUUUCAAAGCCUGUGGUCAUACUUGUGGAUAGCUAUUGUUGCUUUCAAUCCAGAAUAAAUUUCAAGUAAUUUUAAGUACGUAAAUGGUGUCCCCUUUAUUUUGCACCUUUGAGACUACUAAAGUUUCGUUUAAAGAACUUAUAGUUAAUGUCCUUCUGUUUAUGUUGACCAAGGCUUCAAUUACUUAACCUUUCCGACAGUGGUACACUUUACAAGUUCUAAACAUUAUAUUUGUGCAUUAUAAAUAACUUGACAUUGGCUCUUCGGUUGAAAGAUGAUAAAGAAAUAAAUUCAAGAAAAAGUG